GAGUUUAGCCAUUCAUUUGAUGUGAUUGUUGGAAAAUGUAAAGUAAUGUAAUUGCAAGCAAAUUCAUCAAUCUCAUUGAUCCAAGGAAUGAAUCAAUCAUGUAACAAUCAAAUUGACUUGAAAGUGUUUCAUCAAUUUUUACCUUUAGAUUGUUGACUUGAAAAGAGUGUGGAAAAGUUUGUGCCAAAAAUUCGAGAAAAGUUUUUCUACUUUACUCAUGACAAUCAUGAAACUAUUGGAAUACAAAUCCAAGUCCAUUUCAUCAACAAUUUUGGGCUUUACCAGCAUCAUUUUCACGACUCUAUUCUCCACCUCUUUAUCUCUAUCACUUUCAUCUUCACCUUUAUCGUCCUUUGCUUCAACACAUCUUUCCACUUUGCCUUACACUCAUCAAACUGAUGGACUGAGUUCAUCCAAGUUUUGUGCUAAACCCAGUUACUUGCCAACACCAACAUCAUUAACAGCCUUAGCCUCUUUUCCUGGCUCGGGAAACACAUGGAUACGUUACUUGAUACAACAAUCUUCAGGCUAUUUAACUGGAAGUGUUUACCAUGAUGCUGCCUUAUCAAUUAGAGGAUUCCCUGGUGAAGGAAUUUCCAAUGGAUCAAUGAUUGUUGUUAAAACUCAUGAACAUGGAACCUCUGGUCGUCAACCUUUUUCCAAGGCCAUUUUCCUUCUGCGAAAUCCAUUCAAAGUUUUACUAUCUGAGUUUAAUCGACGUUCAGGUGGUCAUUUGGGUCAUGCUCCAGUCUCUAAAUUGAAUGACACAGGUUGGAGAAAUUAUGUUCUCAAAAAUGUCGACCAUUGGUCAUCGUUCACUCUCGACUGGCUCAACUUUAAAGGGCCUCUGUUGAUAACUCGAUAUGAAGAUUUCCUCAACAAUUUGCAAAGCGAAUUGAACCGAGUGUUGAACUUUCUUGGAGUGAAUUCAACUCAGGAAAGAUUGGAUUGUGUUGAUAAACAUCGCAAUGGAUGGAAACGUCGACCUCAACAUUUCCUUCCAUUUGACCCUUUUGCUAUGGCUUCGACCCCUGUAUCAGCCAAUAUGACGGAAUCAACUCAAGCUGUUCGCUCUUCAUCAGUUGUACCCUCGUUAAGACAAGUUGUUGAACGAAAGAGGAAACUUGUUUAUCAAGCAGUAAAUAAAUAUCUCCAUCAAAGUGGACAAUCAUCAUCAAUAUCGGAAUUACCUUGAGGAGGUGAAAAGAGAUGGGUUUGGAGCAUCAAUAAAGUGUGAUACAAUUAUUCCCACUCAUUCAUGAUGAAAGUGAUACAACAUGAUUUUUUUCUUCUUCUCAAGCUUUUCCUUCUGCCAUUCUUCAACAGAUGGAGGGGAGAGUCAGAGAAAGAAAAAUAUUAUCAAGAGAAUAUCUUUGCCUUUUUCAUGGUUUAUUCAGGCAUCAUGUUUCAUCACCCCAAAUUCAACCCAACUUGAUUCAACAUUUCCGAUCCUGUAGAUUAUCAAGAGCUUUUGUAAAGGCAAAAGAAGAGUAAAGUAGCAGCCAACAGCUAUCAUUCUUCUGGUCCAUCAUGUUAGAGUUCAUCAAAUUCUCAAUAGACUCUUGUUCUGACAAGAUGCACCUCAAGGCAAUCAGCAUGGAUAUAACAGCGUUCGAUUGUCUCAUCUUGAUAAAGAGACUUUGUUGACUUGAGGUAGAGGCGCCAAAGAUCAAUCGCUGGCUAUUGCUGUUGCAGCUAGAAGAAGCAAAUAGAAUACGAGAAGUCGAUUCAAUGAACACUUUAAGGAAUCAUUGGAUAAUUAAUGUGGCUUCGACUGUUGCUGUUGAUAUUUAAUGUUGCAGCUUGGACCUGAUCCACUUAAAAGUCUGGUGAAGCUGAAAUACUGCAAAAUGUUUAUUUUAAUUUUGUUAUGAAUACUGAAAAUUUUAAUACAUUAAAAGAGAAAGUAUUUUAAUUUGUAUUACAAAAUGAAAAGCUGAGAGUUAUGGUUGAAUUUUCUAAGUAAUGGAAUAAAACAAAGCUUGUUGCAGUUCAA